AUGUCUCCCUUCAACGAUGCUGCUGCAAUUCAUUUGCAAAAGCAAGGCUUGGACGAAAAGCGAGCGUUGGAAUGUAGUACCCAAUCUGUCAGCAUCCGCCAUCAACAAAUUCGUCGCAAAGUUCUAGGUCUCGAUGCGAAGAAGCUUCAAAUAGUCACUCCCAUUGCCUCGGAAGCUACUCCCAUUAGUUUCUUUGAUACCGGUGUUUUCGGCAAAGAAAAGCCUUCGCCCAAUUCGGCCGCUCGUACUUCCCCUAUCGCAAUCACUCAGAUCCUUACGAAGUCUGCUAAAGACGCAAAGAACCUCCUUGCUGUCGUUGCAGAUCAAGGACUUUUCACCCUCUUCGGACACGCUAUCGCCCAAGUAUUUGUCGAUGUGAUGAGUAUUCAAAGCAAGUUCGUCCCUGAUACUGAGAGGAAGAACUCCUAUACUGGAUUGACACCAGUUUUUCAGCAGUGUCUCGACCUCUCCCUGGACUGUGCUAUGUCGGUUGGAGUCAAGGGCACCAUGGUUAAGGGAUCCACAUAUCGUGUGGCGUCUGGUCUCAUAUAUGUGGCAGAAGCGCUCCUCUUUUACAUGGUCGAGGUUCUCAAUUUAGUUGUGUUCACUGUGACAAUCAGUAGUCAGUUAGUGGCAUUCAUUAAUCGCAUUGCAAGAUCAGUACAGGCUGCUCGAGAUUUGCAUGCCGUGCUUGAACUGCCUACUGACACAUCUGAAACCCAAGUAUUCCUGCGCUCUAUUCCGACUGUGUUCCACGACAUCGAUUUUCCUUACCCGUCACGGCCUGAUGUUCCCUCCAUUGCUACUGGUGAAACUGUUGCAUUAGUCAGCGCUUCCAGCUGCGGAAAGUCCACUAUUGCUCGAGUUCUCCAACGUCUCUGCGAAUCCUCCUCCGGUUUUGUCGAAGUUGCAGAUAUCGAUACUGGCGCAAUGAAUAUCCAACAGCUAUGCCAAUGCGUUUCCAUCAUCUCCCAGCCGGCUGACCUUUUCGAUGCUUCGGUAGCUGAGAAUAUCGGUUAUGGGAAAUCCUUAAUAUCAGAAGUUGAUAUCCGUAAAGCUAUAAAGACUGCAGAUAUCCAUGAUCAGGUCAUGUCCCUGGAAAAGGACUGGACACGAACAUCUGCGAGAACGCUAGCCAGUUUUCGGGUCGACGAGCACAAAGACUGCAAAUUGCCAGGGCGAUUGCUAGAUCGUGUCGGAUUUGAAUGGUUGAAGCAGGCAUUGCGACACAGAGCGGGGUAUUAUCACACAAGGUCUUGA